AUGAAUAACCAAUCUGCAGGAGCUUUUGAGGACCUUAUGUUAUCUUAUCAAGAGGGCUUGUACGCAAUGCUUAGUUCUCUUCGCCAACUUGAGGGCCAUUUGAACAACAUUCAAGCUAGGACGUUUGAAAUGACCGAGGAAAUUUCCUACCUUGUCAGCGAUAAUAUGAGACUUUUGAGCAGUGUAAACGAUCAGCUCUCGAUUGCAUCUGAGAAGGAGCCUUGUGCCCCAAACACCCCAGUCGCCCCCCCAGCACCAUGGGACAGCACUGAAGAGAAAGAGACGCCGAAGGAGUAG